AUGGGCUUGCUUUUCUCCAAGUUUUCAUCCUAUUUAUUCCCAAACAUUGAGUGUCGUACUCUUAUGCUCGGUUUGGAUGGAGCCGGAAAAACGACGAUUCUUUACAAGCUGAAGCUCAAUGAGACUGUUAACACAAUUCCAACAAUUGGUAAGGCUCCUUUCUCAAAAUUAGAAACAAUACACCAGGUCAUUCCAGGUUUCAAUGUGGAGACGGUCACUUUUCAGAAGCUCACUCUGACUGUCUGGGACGUUGGAGGUCAGGAAACAAUUCGUCCUCUCUGGAAGUAUUAUUUUCCGAAUACAACGACUCUUGUUUUCGUGGUCGACAGUUCGGAUGUGGAGAGAUUUAGCGACGCAAAAGAGGAAUUGUUCAGUUUGCUUGCUGAGCAAGAGCUCGCCAAUGCUCAAUUGCUUGUAUUCGCCAACAAACAGGACAUGCCAAAUGCAAAAUCACCAGCGGAACUGACCAACAUCCUUGAUUUGGGAUCUAUCAAGAAUCGCGAGUGGUUCAUCUGCGGAACCAACGCUCAUACUGGACAAGGUCUCUACGAUGGUUUAAUGUGGGUGAAGAAACAAAUGAAGGCUUAA